AUGGGAAACAACUCGGCAAAACCCAAGCGGAAAAUGAAGACCUCAUUCAUGUAUCCGGCUCUCCACGACAAAGUUGUCAAGGCAGUGUCCCACAACGUCCCCUCCACCUGGUUUUGUGAAACCAACAGCGACAGGGACGCCAACAACGAGUGGGCGACCCAUAUCAAAGGCAGGUUCAGGGGGAGGAAGAACGCUUGCUGUAAAGAUGGCUGGACCAGUCAGAAGGUGGCAAUCCUGAUAAGAGGUUACAUGGACAACGGGUACAAUGCCGAAGUAUUCAAUCAGCGUUGCAGGACGUGCAACCAGCUGGGAAUCUUGAUCCUGGACAAGAAGUCAUACGUCGAACGAGUCGCGUACAGAAUCCAGGUGUGGGCAGGUAUCGAGAUGGAGCGGCCACCCUACGUCUCCAAGCCAGGCAAGCCACAUGAGACCGAAUAUUGCGAAGGCUGUAAGAGAGGCGUUUGUCGACGGAACGAUUGA